GCGCGUUCCGCGGGUCGGCCGCAGCCAUCCCAUUCCUCGCCCGGCUGUAACUAUUUGCUCGUGGCGCUAUCUCUUUAUAAAGUUGUUGUUGCGGCUUCCGCCGCGGGUGGAGGAAGAUGGCGUCUGGUGGUGGUGGCUGUAGCGCUUCGGAAAGAUUCCCUCCGCCUUUCCCGGUCCUGGAGCCGGACUCCGAGGGAGCGGCCGGGGGGUCAGAACCCGAGGCUGGGGACAGCGACACCGAGGGGGAGGAUAUUUUCACCGGCACCGCGGCGGCCAGUAAGCCCCAGUCUCCAAAGAGAAUUACUUCCCUUCCCAUCAACAGUGGCUCCAAAGAAAAUGGGAUCCAUGAGGAACAAGACCAAGAGCCACAGGAUCUCUUUGCAGAUGCCACAGUGGAGUUAUCCCUGGACAGCACACAGAAUAAUCAGAAGAAGGUGCCAGCCAAAACGCUCAUAUCUCUUCCUCCACAGGAAGCCACAAAUUCUUCUAAGCCCCAGCCAACCUAUGAGGAGCUAGAGGAAGAAGAACAGGAAGACCAAUUUGAUCUGACAGUUGGUAUAACUGAUCCAGAGAAGAUAGGGGACGGUAUGAACGCCUACGUAGCCUACAAAGUCACAACACAGACGAGUUUACCAAUGUUCAGAAGUAAACAGUUUGCAGUGAAAAGAAGAUUUAGUGACUUUCUGGGUCUUUAUGAGAAGCUUUCCGAGAAGCACUCUCAGAAUGGCUUCAUUGUCCCUCCUCCGCCUGAGAAGAGCCUAAUAGGAAUGACAAAAGUAAAAGUUGGGAAGGAAGAUUCUUCUUCUGCAGAAUUUCUUGAAAAACGGAGGGCCGCUCUAGAAAGGUACCUUCAGAGGAUUGUGAGUCAUCCUACCAUGUUACAGGACCCUGAUGUCAGGGAGUUCUUGGAAAAAGAAGAGCUGCCCCGCGCCGUGGGUACUCAGGCAUUGAGUGGCGCUGGUCUCCUCAAGAUGUUCAACAAAGCCACAGAUGCAGUCAGCAAAAUGACCAUCAAGAUGAAUGAAUCAGAUAUUUGGUUUGAGGAGAAGCUCCAGGAGGUAGAAUGUGAAGAGCAGCGCUUGCGGAAACUGCAUGCCGUUGUAGAAACUCUGGUCAGCCACAGGAAAGAGCUAGCGCUGAACACAGCCCAGUUCGCAAAGAGUCUGGCCAUGCUCGGGAGCUCAGAGGACAACACAGCAUUGUCACGGGCUCUCUCCCAGCUGGCUGAGGUGGAAGAAAAAAUUGAGCAGCUCCACCAGGAACAGGCCAACAACGACUUCUUCCUCCUGGCUGAGCUCCUGAGUGACUACAUUCGCCUCCUGGCCAUCGUCCGAGCUGCUUUUGACCAGCGCAUGAAGACAUGGCAGCGCUGGCAGGAUGCUCAGGCCACACUGCAGAAGAAGCGGGAGGCUGAGGCUCGGCUUCUGUGGGCCAACAAGCCUGACAAGCUGCAGCAGGCCAAGGAUGAGAUCGUAGAGUGGGAGUCUCGGGUGACUCAGUAUGAAAGAGACUUUGAAAGAAUUUCAACUGUGGUCCGAAAAGAAGUGAUACGGUUUGAGAAAGAGAAAUCCAAGGACUUCAAAAACCACGUGAUCAAGUACCUUGAGACACUCCUGUACUCACAGCAGCAGCUGGCAAAGUACUGGGAAGCCUUCCUUCCCGAGGCAAAGGCCAUCUCCUAAUGGACCGAGGACACCAGAGCCACCCGCCUGACGCUGCCUUUUUAUACACUGUCCUUCUCCAUCUCUGCUGGACCCCAGCGAUGCCAUCCUGCCUAGCCUGGACUUGACCCCUUCUCCCUGCACCCACGACCAAGCUUCCCCAUCAUUCUAAGCAUUACUUCAUUUAGCUUCCAUAUAUAUUUUCUUACCUGAGAGAAUAGUUUCUUGCUUUAAGCAAAGACCUAUAAUAGGUGGUGGAAUUAUGGGAUAGGGGUGGAGUAUUGAUAUAAAUAUAUAAAUACAAAUGUAUAUUUUUCAGGAUGUGGUUAGGAACUGGGAAUAACGUUUUCUGUUACUCCUGAUGGUGCCAUGAAAGAUUAUGUAAUAAAAUAUUUUAAAACCAGG